AUGUGUAUAAUUUUGGAACAGGAUUACAGUGUUACACACAUAGCAGCCCUUGAAGUUAAGUGUAAAGGCAAAGUUGAGAAAUCUUCCAACUACACUUUUUCAAAGAAUAUCAAGCUGCGGCCUCCUGACAUCCCGAGUGUUGCCCGGGGUAACUUAUCGUGGAGCCCUGGACCCAAAAAGCCCAGGACAAUGGAAAAAUUCAUCUUUGAGCGACAGUUCAAGAAGGCAGAUGAGCCAUGGGAGGCUGCCCGGGUCCGGAACCAUCCGGAGACAACGGAACAGCUGGGGCCGCUGCUGCACCUGGGGGUGAGGUACCAGGCCAGGGUAAGGGUGAUGCCCUUCAUCACUGCGGAAAGGAGCUCCUACAGGGGCACAUGGAGUGACUGGGGUCCUGUACUCACCUGGACAUCUGACGUGGGAGAUCCACUUCCAACCCCACCUCUCCAACGUCUACCUCUCCCGGUCAAGAAAAUUAGUCUACUGUGUGGAGGACUUUGUUUGGUUGUAGCGAUGACAUUGUGUUGCAACAAAAAAGUCCGCACAUUAAGCUGCUGUAACAGAUUCAAGAUGAAGAGCCAACACAUCCCAGACCCGUCCAGAUACUUCCAGCCACUCCACACCGUUCACGGAGGGGACUUUCAGAAGUGGCUGAGCCCCAUGUUUGGCCCCGAGUCAUUUGCUGCCACCCAGCCCCCAGACAGCAUUUCCCCAGUGGAGGUGACCCCGAUGCUGUAUACAGAGCCCUACUUGGCCCCAGGCGCUUUCAUGCCCCUGGGGGGCAAGAGCGGCGAGGACUAUAUAGGCAGUGGUCAGUCCUCCUGCUACUCCAACAUGGGUUACUUCUACUCCGAGUCCCAGCCCGGCCUACUGCACAUUGAGUCCUGCCCCAUCUACUUCACGUACCCACCUGAGGCUGGCGGGAACAUGCCCAAAGCAGACACGUCCGGAACCUCCGGUACAUCGUACGAGCGACUGGAGCAGAUUCAGCAGUUCCAUUUCUCAGAAGCUCCAGACCUCCACAAUCCCCAGGGGGAACCAUUGAGUCCAGAUUCGGGAUUUGGGGUGGAGGUGAGUGAGGAAGGGGGUAUGAAUGAGGAGGAGGAGGAGGAGUGGAAGAGGCAGAAAGAGGAGCACAGCUUCACUGCACGUCUCCAAAGCUUAGGAAUUCCCAUCCCCAUUCAGGCCCCUUUAAGCUCCCCUUUGAGACCCCCUGAGUUGAUGUCAACCAUCAUGGAGUGUGAAGAUACUGCUCCUGUAACAACAUGCAAUUACACCCCUUCACCACCAGAGGCCAGCCUGGCCAGAUCUGCCUCCAUGGUAAUCCAGCCUUGUGGCAGUGGGUAUCUGACAGUGAAAGAAAUGCAAAAUACCUAUAGUAACAAGUCCAUCUAGGAGCAUUACAUCACAGGCGUUGAAGCAAUGGCAUUACAGGCGUCGGAACAUUAUCUUUAGCUAGUUAGUGUCAAGGAAUGCUACAUUGAAGGAAUGCCUAUAUUGAGCCAGCAUGUUUUAAGCUAUUAUAGGUUCUCGUUCACUACAAUUUCGUUCCGCCUAGCUCCACUCAUCCAUCUGGGAUCGAUCCAUUGGA